ACAAUUCUUAAAUUGGGGCUAAUUGAUUGGGAAAAUGUUUAUUACCAAAUGAAAGGAAAUCCAUUAACGGCCUAAAGAAAAGAGGAUGGAAAUCCGAAAUUGGCUUCGUUUUCUUUGACCCGUAAACAUGAUUCCCAAGCUUCACUCAACAAAUCAAAACCCGACUCACCCAAACGCCCAAACCCUUCAGCUUCUCACUCACUCAUCAAAGACUCACCGCGGAAUCCCCAUUUCUCCUCUGACCUUCUCCAUUCCUCUCCCUUCCCACUUGCUUCUUCAACUUCCAUUGCACCGCACCCUUUGCUUUUUCUGGCUAUACCCAUAUAAAUAGAACCACCUCAGGAAACAUCAUCUCAAACGGAAAAAGCCCCAAAACCGACGAACUCAAGUCCUCAGCCCCCUUUUGACGACUCCCAACAGCACUUACGAGUCUCGCCAUAGCUUGCUGUUUUGAAAAGAAAAAGUUUUGACUAUUGUUGUUACCGCUUUCCAGUAGCCGUGCUUGAUGCAGCUUAAACAAAAGAAUGUAGAAGGAAGAAAAACGUUCAAGCAGUUUCAGGAUCAGAGGUGAGGACUGCUUAGCGGUAAGUUGUGAGCUAAGACAAGCUUGCUCUAAUAUCCCCUGCGAGUUGUCAAAAAUUCAUUGUCGGCCAAGCAACAGAUGGAGCAGGAUUGCUCCCAAUGGACGUGCAACAUGUGUGGGAACGUUGGAAUGGCUGAUGGAUCGGAUGGCUACUACUACUGCUUGAGGUGUGGGUCUCAGGCUGAUGACGUCAUUGAUACGGGUGUUGCUGAUGAGGAUUUUGUUGAAAAGGGUUCCCAGGGUGGUGCCCUUUACUUGGCCAGCCACACGCGCCAUGCUCGCCAAUCUGUUACACCAGCCCAACCAAUCUCACAAUUUGACCCCCAAUCUCAGCAAUUUUGGUCUAAUUUGACCCAAGAACGCAGGGGUCAUGAUGAUAACCAAAAUGGAACGGGAGAGGGUGCUGGUUUGGAUGGUGUGGGGCCCACAGGAACAAGUGAUUUUGGGUCAUACUCUGUGUGUGCAUAUAGUUAUGAAGAUUAUUACCAGGAGGUUAGGAACAGAUAUGUGAUGGGGUUGCAGAUGAUGAUAGAAGCUCAAUGUGAAUCUCUAGUGGCGAAGUUUAAUGUGAAACCUUUGAUUUGUGGGAUAGCUGGAUCCAUUUGGUUGAGGUUUGUGGCUAGCACCAGGGUUUUUGAUGAAAGUUGGGCUGAUGAGGUUAUUCAUCAGUCAGAGAUUCAAAAAUCAGGAGAAGCUGAGGAAUUUAAGCCACAUGCUCAUUAUAGGGCAGAACCUCACAACAUACACGGUCAGAGAGCGGUAAUUAUAUGGCAUAAGUAUUUAAGAAAAAAUAUUCCAUUAUCUUGUUCUUUAGCUAUUUCUUUUCUAGGAUGUCAUGUUGCAAGGGAAGCAGUUUUGCCAACAGACAUAAUUAAGUGGUCAAUUGAAGGGGAACUUACCUAUUUUGAUGCUUUUGUUGAAAUUGAGAAACGCAUUGGACAGUCUUUGCCUCCCUUUCCUUUAAAUCUUAGAAGCAUGUUUAGGCCUUCGCAUGCUGUUCCUGCUCAAAAGUUGGAAUCACUGGCUGCUACAAUUGCACAGUGCAUAGGCUUGAAUUUACCCCCAGUAAAUUUCUAUGGAAUUUCUUCUAGAUAUCUAAAGGAAUUGUCUCUUCCAGUGGAGAAGAUUCUGUUGUAUGUAUGCCACAUACAUGAGUGGGUGAUGCUUCCAGAAUUACAGUUGUCAACAAAUAAUUAUGGACUUCCUACUCGUGUCUAUGUGAUGUCAAUACUGGUUGUAGUAAUACGGAUGUUAUAUAACAUAAAUGGACUUGGGGUGUGGGAAAGGAGUUUGUCUAAUCAUAAUCUCCCUCGUAAAUCUAAUGAAGCUCUGAGUGAGGACCCUGUUAGUAGUCCCAAAGCGAGCGACAUUGCUGAAAAUGGCUCUCGUUCUCCUCAUAGUGUGGAUGAUAUGGGUACUAGUUCUACUAGAAACCCAUUACAUGAUCAUAAAUCCGAGUUUGAUGCUGCGGAGCUUUUGUGCAACCUUGAAGCAAGAUACAAUGAGAUUGAUAAUGCAUAUGCGGGUGUUAAAGAUCUUUCUAAAACCAUGCCAACAUAUCUACAAUUCUGUCAAGAUGUGAUAUUUGCUGGAUCAGAGCUGCCUGUGGACUUUUAUCACGAUGAGAAACGUUUAAUUGACAAGUUUUGGGAUUAUUAUCAGAAAGAAAAGGGUUCUGAGCCAGCAGAAGAUGUGGGAGAGCGAUAUAAGAGUGCCAAAGAAACCAUGUGUAAAAUGAACAAAAUGGUCAGAGAUAAUGAGCAUCAUAGUAGUCCCUCACACGAUGGAGGGACUUCGCAUGAAGAUUUUUCUUUGCAGAGACACUCGGAUAUCGACCAUUCUUCUCUGACUUCAGAGGAACAUGAAAAUUCAGAAUCCAGUGACAAAGUUGCAGCUGAGACUUCCAAACAAAGAGCCAUUAGACUGAUGAAAAAGAACAUGGAAGAGAAUAGGUUCUAUUAUAUUCCUCCAAGGGUGAGGCUCAAGAGAUUGGAUUACCUUCACUACACAAGGAAGAAAGAUGAAGGCGUCAUGACUUACGUCUCUCAUGCUGAUUACUAUAUCCUACUUCGUUCUUGUGCCAGGGUUGCCGAGGUUGACAUGCGGAUUAUGCAUGUCGGAGUGUUGAGUAUGGAGAGGAGAUUAGCUUGGUUGGAAAGAAGAAUCGAUCACUGCUUGCAUUUAACUCCUCCUCCUGUUACAUGUAAAUUUUGUUCAAGUGAACCAGAGCAAGCUACAGAUGAUCCUACAAUAGGACUUUCAAAUCUAAAUUUAUAAACUCUCCGUUUUCCAUUUCGGAUUCCUUUCAACCAUUUCUUUCCUUAUUUUUUAAGGGGUUCUCAAUGCGAAAAUUUAAAGAUUCAAUCAUAAAAUGAAAUCUCACUGUGGGAGAGUGUUCGUUAUGCAUCCAAACCCUUUGUCAAGUUACUAUUUCACAGAAGCUUGAAGAUUUUCCAUUUUAUUUUGUCGUAGAAGAAAAUUUAUGGUAAUUCCUCCAUGCUCAAGAGUAAAGCUUUGUACCAACCACUUUGACCAGAGAUUCAUCAGUAUAUAUACAUUAUCAGAACUUUUGACAUCUUCAAGGAACCCGAACUUUACUAACAUUCAAGUCUGUAAUUUGCCCCAAUAGGCAAUAGGUCCCCAUUGAACAACCAUAUUUAUAUCAGGAUCCAUGUCCUUGUGGACCUGACAUGCAGAGACCAAAAUAUUUGGACCAAACGUUGAGUUGGUGUUUUGAGGUCGAUAUAAAGCCAGUGACAAUGAUACCGUACCUCCACGUACUUUCUUUAUUAAGAAAAAUUAUGAUUUUUUUAUUUAAAUUUAA